AUGAAUGAAAAACAAAAAAAAAAAAUUAUUAAAAUUGUUGAAAAUGUAAAGUAUUUUCAAAAUGAAAAUUUGUUACUUGAAAAUUUAAAUACUCUUGACAAGAAUAUUAGCAAACAGGAAAAUAAUAUAGUUAUAGAACUUAUAGAUAUAUUCUUAGAUCAAAAUAGUUAUUGUUAUGAUGAAAAUUAUCUAUUUAAUUAUAACAAACUAAAAAAAGGAAAGGAAUUAAACUUAAAUGCAGGUAAUAACAAAAAAUCAGAAUUUUCACAACAAUUUAAAGUAUAUGUUAAAAAUAAAAAUGUAGAAAAAAUAAAUGAAGAAGAUGUUUACUAUUUUUCUUUGAAAAAGAAAAAUAUAUAUAAUUAUGAUCGGGAAUUUAUAAAUACCAAGAAAAUACUAUUUCAUUACAUAUGUAACAAUAUACUGAAUCAUUCUGUAAAUAUAAAUUAUUUGAUAGAUAAAAUAUAUGCAGAUUUUCAAAUUAAAAAUACUCAAAAUAAUAUAAAAAAUAGAAAUCAAAUAAAUCAUAUAAUAUACCAUGAUGAUAUAUUAAAUAUAUUAAUUGAAACUAUUUUUAAGCUUUUUAUUAGUGAUAAGGAAUAUGAUCAAACAUGUGGAGAAAAUAAAAAUUUUCAUAAAAAACAAAUUCAAAAAAGUUAUUUAAUGCAUACAAAACAACAAACAACUCAUAAGGAUCAUAUAAUAGAAAAUCAAUCAAUAAAUUAUUUAAACAUAUUAAAAAAAUUGAUUCUCAUUAAUAAAAAUUUCGUUAAAAAUAUUUUUUAUAUUUUUUUAAAGAAUAUGGGAAAAUUGAAAGUUAAAAAUAUAAAUAAAAUAACUAGAAAUAUUUUAAAAAUUUUUAAAGAAAUAAUUUGCUACUGUGAUGAAUUUGAAAUAAUAACUGUGUAUAAUAUUUUUUUAAAUAAUAAAGCCGUUGAUAAAAAUAGGGUUUUAUAUAAUUAUAUUAUUAUACUUUGUCUUAUAAAUUUGAAAAAUAUACACAAUACUUAUAAUUUAGAAUUAUGUAUGAAAUUUAUUUCAGAUAAAUUGUCGUUAAAUAAUAAAUAUUGUACAAAAGAUAUUACAUUUAUUGAAAAAAAUGAAUAUAAAAAAAGAAAGCAAUAUAAAUGUAAAAAAAAUGAAGAAGAAAAUAAAAAUGAUAUGUAUAAGAAUGAAGAAAAUGAUGCUAAUGAAGAUGAAGAUGAAAAUGAAGAUCAAUGUGAGGAUGAGGAUGAGGAUGAGGAUGAAGAUGAGGAUGAAAAUGAGGAUGAGGAUGAGGAUGAGGAUGAAAAUGAAGAUGAGGAUGAAGAUGAGGAUGAAGAUGAGGAUGAAAAUGAAGAUGAAUGUGAGAAUGAGGAUGAGGAUGAAAAUGAAGAUGAGGAUGAAGAUGAAGAUGAAGGUGAUGAUGAACAUGUUGAUAAUAAAAGUGAUAUUGAUAAAAAUUAUAAUGAUGAAGGAAAAAAAGAAAAUAGUAUAAAUGAUAGUGAAAGACAGUGGAAUAAUGAUUAUAAAUACACGAAAAGUUUUAACAAUUUAGAAGAAAUUAAAAAAAGAAAAAAGUUAGCUAUAUUUUUAUUAAUGUUUGCAGUAAAAAUAUGUGAUAUAAGUUACAUUAAUGGAUGUAUAGAUAAGUUAAUUAUAGAUUUUUUAUAUUUAUUGAAAAAUAAUUUGUAUUCAUUAAAAAAUAAAGUCUAUCAUAUUGUAAAAACUAUAAUUUUCUUAUUUGUAUUAGUAUUUCAUAAUUUAAAUAUUGAUAAUAAUAAAACAAUUAUAUAUAUUUUAAAAAUUUUGGAUAUUUUAUUAGAAAUUUAUUACAAAAAACAGUUAAUAUAUAAAGAAUAUCCGAAAAUUUUAAAAAAUAUAAAAGUAAAUAACGUAAAGAAGGAUGAGCAAUUAAUGGUAUCAUAUGAAGAAAUUUCUUUGUUAAAUAAUAAAAAUUUUAAAGAAAUUUCAGGAAAAAAAAAAGUAAAUGAAUUAAGUUCAUUUAUAAAAAGUAGUGAUUGCGAAAAUAAAAAAAAAAGUUACGAAGAAGAAAAAAUAGAUUAUUCUGAUUUAUAUGGAAUUAAUAUUUUUGAAUUUAAUGUAUCUCCCCUUUUAUUAUUUUUAAUAAUACCUAUAAAUCUUGAAUAUAAUGUGAAUCAGAAAAAUGAUGAUGUUAAUAGUAUUAAUAAUAAAAUAAUUAAAUUAUCAACAAGAUUAAAAAAUAAAUGGAUAUUAUACUUUAAAAAUUAUAACAAUCACUUCUUAAAUCAUUUAAAAACAAAAGAAAAAAUAUGUAUGAAUCAAAUAAAAAAAGAAAUAAAAGGAGGCUAUAACGUUUUAGAAAAUAUAAGAGAAGAAAUUAAAUAUUUAAUUAGUGAUGUGGAUAAUUUUUGUGAAGAUGAAAUAUUAAAUAUUUUAUGUUUCAAUAAUAUAUUAUUUUAUAUAUAUGACGUAUAUGUAAAUAUUGAUUUAAUUUAUUUAAUUCGCUUUUUUACAUUAUGUCAAAAUGAAUAUAAUUUUCAUUAUAUAAAUGUUGAAAGAGUAAAUUAUGAAUUUAAUGUACUUUUAAAUUCUAAUACAAAAUUAUGCAUUAACACAUUUGACAAUUUAAAAACUGAAUAUAUAUCUAAAUGUAAUUGUAUAUAUAUUAACUUACUAAUAUUAUCAUUAUUUGAAUAUAAUUUAUUUUUUGUUUUUAAAUUUAUAUCUUAUUAUUGCCUUAUAAAUUCAUCGGAGCUGUUAAAAUUUAUUCCUUCUUUAUUAUUUAUAUACAAUUUAACAUAUGACAACUGCUCUAUAGAUAAUAAAAAUUUCAAAGCCAGAAAAUUUGUAAACAAUCGUAUGUAUGAAAAAAAUAUGCAUUAUGAAUUUAUUUUAAGAAGUUUAAUUUUAAAUGUUUUAUCAAAGAUAGGAAGUAGCAACAACAAUAUACCUAUUGUAUAUAAUUGUGUAUAUUUUUUAUUAAAUAUGAAAAAUAAUGAUAUUAAAGAAAGUUGUAUCAAAUAUAAUAGUAAUGAAAAUGAAAAAAGUAAUGAUAAUAUUAAUAAUAGCAAUGCUAAUGUAGGUGAUAAUAAUAAAUAUGGUAAUAAUGUAUCUUUUGAAUAUAAAAAUAAUUAUAAUAAAUUAUAUCUUUUAUACAGUUAUGAUAAAUUAAUUGAUUGCAAUGAAAAUAUAAUAAGUAAAUAUUUUAAUUAUAUAGAAAAUAUAAUGAAUUUAGAAAAUGAAAUUGAUAAUGAAGUGAAAAAUAAAAUAAUAAUACGUGAUAAAAUGAAUAAUAAAGUUAUUAAUUGUUUAAAUGAAGAUAUUGCAUUAUUUUUUGAUUUAAAAAAUGUAUUAAUUUUAUUAAAAGUUAGUAGAUUUUAUAAUGUUAGUAAUUAUGUAAGUAUAAUUAUUAAAUCAAUAAAUAAAUGUUUCAGUAAAUAUAAAAAUAAAGUACUUUAUAAUAAUGUUUAUCAUAAAUUAGAAGACAAUAUAAUAAAAAUAUGUAUUCUAAUUUUAAUUAUUUUAUCCAUGAAAAAAUAUGUAGAAUUCGAAAUUAUUUAUAAUUUAUUAAAAAAAAACUUUUUAAAGCAAGAAUAUAAUGAAUUUAGAAUUUGUAAUACUAAUAUCUUUUGUUUUAUUUUAAUAUUUACAAGAUUCUAUAUAAACCAUUUGUUAUAUAAAAAGGAGAAAUUAUAUAAUGAACAAUAUGAUAUUUUGUAUUAUACAAAAAUAAAAUAUAUUUUAAAAGAUUUUACAAAAUUAAUAAGUUUAAAUAAUAAUAGAAUAUUAGAAGAAAUCGUUAACGUUAUAUCUACAAUAUAUCCAAUAUAUUAUAAAAGCUUUAAUAUUAAUGAAGAAAAAACAAAUAUAAAUUAUGAAAAUUUAAAUGAAAAAAAUGAAAAUAUAACUUCUUAUGAGUUAAACAUAUAUGAUAAAAAAGAUUUAAUGAAUAUAUAUUUUGAUAAAACCUUUGUAUAUGAAUCAUUUUUGAAAUGCAAACCAUAUAAUAUAUAUGAAAAUUUUCAAAAAAUAAUUCUUAAAGAUGAAAUAAACGAUAUUCCUUUAUUUCAUUUAAGAAAUAUUAAUACAAGCAAAAAUGAUCAUUUAAUAAGAGUAUUUUAUAAGUUAUUUAAUACGAAUAUUAAAAAUGAUAAAAAUUCUAAUUUUAAUUAUUACUUCAAAUUACUUUUUACUGAAAAAUUUCAAAAUAUUGAGGAAAUAAUUUUUAUUUUUAAAAAUUUGUAUUUCUUUAAUUUUCAUUAUAUUUCAUUAUUUUUUUAUAUAUUAGAUUUUUUUUUUCAAAAACUAAAAAAAAAAGCCGAAGAAAAUGAAGAAUUUAUUUUGGAAUUUAAGAAUAUCAAUAAUAAUUUGAAUUUAUAUGAUAAGGAAGAUAAAAAAACAAAAAUCAAAAAAAGUGAAAAUGGACAUAAAGGUAAUAUAAAUGAAAAAGAAAACGAAAAGAUAAUGAAAGAAAAUGACAAACAGAAAUCAAGAAAAUAUAGUGUAAAUAAAAAUUUAAAUGCAUAUUAUGAGAUUAUUUGCAAUAAUAUAUAUGAAAAGAUUAAAAUAUUGAUUAAAAGUGAGAAUUUAAACAUAUAUGUAUUUUAUCCAUUAUUAAGCAUAUUAUGUAAACAUAACAGUGAUAUAAAUGAAAUAUUAAAUUUUUUUUAUGAAAAAAUUGAUACUUAUAUGAAAGACAAAGAAAACUUACUUAUCAACAAAAAUGAAAUGAUUAUCAUUUUUCUUUGUUUAAAUUAUAUACAUAUUAACGUUUCUCAAAUACCCAAUUUUUAUAAUUAUUUAAUGGAACUCUUUAAUGAAAUACAAGAUCAAAGUAUUAAAAAUAUACUUUUAUUUUGUUUAAGUUCAUGUUGUUAUUAUACAAAUAUGAGUUAUAAUGAUAUUAUUACAGUUUUGAUGAGCCAUAAAAAUUAUUUAGAAUACAUAUUAAAAUAUGAUGAAGUACAAUUAUCUUCUUCGUUAGAAUGUUUAGAAAAAAAAAAUCAAAAUAAUGAAAAAAACUUAAAUAAUGAUAUGUGUAUGGAAAAUUGUAGCUAUGAAAAUAAAAAGAAAUUUUACUCUUAUGACUAUUUCUUUUUUUUUAUUUCUCUAAGCAAUUUAUGUUUUUACUUAUAUAAACAUUAUAACAAUAGAAAAUUUGAUGAAAUAAUUGGAAAUAUAUAUAAUACUAUAAUAAAUAUAUUGGAAGUAAAUAUAAACGAUGUUAUUAUUAGUUUAAUUAAUAUUAUGAUGUAUUUAUAUAUUAAGAAAAUUAUAGAUAUAUAUGAAAUAAUAAAUAAAUUACAAAUUAUAAUAGAAAAUAUAAAUAAAAAUCUAAUUAUAUUUGAUUCGAAAUACAUAUUAUAUUCAUUAUGUUGUUUUUAUAAUUUCUUAACGUUCUAUUAUAGAAAAAGUUUUAAUUGUUUUAUAUAUGAAGAUUGUAAUAUAAGUAAUAACUUAAAGAAGUCACUCAAAUUUGUUAUACAUAAUUUAAAUAAAAUUAUUGUAAGAUAUUUUGAAGAAUUGGAAGAUAAAAAUAUUAGUUUGAUUUCAUACACUAGCUUAAUAGGUGUAAAAAAUUUUGGUGAAUUUAUCUAUUCUGAUUAUUUUGAUACUAAUGAUUAUAGUAACAUGAUUAUUUUAUUUAUAAAUAGAUAUAUAAAAAAAGAUUUUGAAAUAAAGAAAAGCAUAAAUGUAACAAAUAAUAUUUUAGCUGAUGAAUCAGAUAGUGAGAAUUAUAUUAUAUCUAAAAAUAUAAAUAAGAUUGAGAAUAUUUCAUUAGAUGAUAAAAAUUUAUUUAUUUAUAAAAAUAAUAAUUAUAAAUUAAAAAAUGAUAUUAUAAUAAAUGAUCAUAGUAUCAUUUUAGUUUUUAUCUACUUAUUUUGUUAUAAAUAUUAUGAAGAAUUAAAUUGUUCUUUAAUUAAUAUUGAAAAUUUAAAUAAAAAACAUAUGCUAUAUUAUUUGUAUUCUUACAUAUUAACUAUUGAAAAUUAUUUAAAAAACUUUUUGAAAACUAGCAAAAUUUUAGAUAUACAUGAAAAUCUAACUAUGAAUGAAAAAGAAUAUGAAGAAAUUAAAUUGAUUAUAUUAGAUGAUAACAAAAAAAAUAAAACAUUUUACAUGAAUUUUUUUUGUAAUGAAUUAUAUGAUCAUUUAAAUAACUUUUUGAAAACAAUGAAAUUAAUAAAUUAUAUUAAACUUGAUGUAGAAAUAAAAAAUAACAUUUUUAAUAUAUAUUCUUAUAUAUGCAAAUUUAUAAAAAUUCUAUAUAUUAUUUUGGAUUUAAUAUUAAAUAUUAUGGAAAAUAAAAAUGAUAUAAAACAAUAUUAUAAUAUUUAUAAAAACAUUAUAAAAAAUUUACAAGUGUUAUAUAAUUGUAGAAUUAUUAUAUUUGAUUAUUUUUCAAUAUUUAGUGAAUUUAAUAAUUCCUAUAGUAAUAUAUUUUGUAAUUUUAGUAAUUACUUUCAUGAAUUCAGUACAUAUGAGAAAUAUAUGUAUAUUAAAAGCAUAACAAAUUUUAAAAAAAUUAAAAAAGAAGAAAUUAAGUUUCUUUUUCUAAAUAUUCUGAAAAAGGCUCCUUUAUUUCAUGAAGACACUUCAUUAUGGAUAUAUGCUAUAUCUAUUCUAAAAAUUUUAUUAAAAAAAAUAUAUAAAAGUGUAAAAAAAGAAAGAAAUAAUUAUUUUGAUUUAUUUUCUUAUAUAAAAUUUUCAUUUAUUACAGUAUUUAAUGAAACAGUUUUAACCGUAUAUAAAGAAAAUUAUUAUAAUCAUUAUUCAUUAUAUGAAAAUACAACAGAAAUAAAGGAAGAAGAAUCGUUAUGUGAAAAUAUGAAAAGUGACUGCUUGAAGCUAUUUGAAGAUGAUACAAAUAAGGAAAAAUUAAACAUCAGUAAAACAAAAAAUACAAUUAUUGAUGGAAAUAAUGAUCAUGUAAGAAAGCAAGAUAGGAUAGCAAGUAAUUAUAAACUUAUUUAUUUAGAUAUUCCUCUAAAUGUUAUGAUGUGUAUAGCUGAUUAUUUAUUAUAUUUAUUUAAAAUUAUAAUUAAAGAAAAAUUAGAUAGUGAAAUAAAUAUUGAUGAAAUGAUAAAAUUUUUUCCAAUUCUCAUCCAGGGUUAUAUUACAUUAAAAUUAAAGGAAAGUUUUAAAAAAUUAAAUUUUAUUAAAAAUAGAAUGUUAUUUCAAUCAUUUAAAUAUAAUUUUACUUUUAAAGAAAAUUUACAAAAUUUUUAUUAUGUUCACGAAGAAUAUAGAAAAGAUGAAAAAGUUCUCACAUUAAAAUUUAAUUAUAAUCAAUUAACCGAAUAUUUUCAAAAUACCUUUUUGAUAAGGGAAUGCAUAUAUUUAUCAUAUAUUUAUAGUCAUUUUGAUGGAAAAUGUAAAAUACUUGAUAAUUUAUUAUCAAUGUAUAAUCUAAUUAAUAUAAAUAAAGAUUACUUAUAUAUAAUUAUUACUUCAUUUGUUUAUUUUUCAAUGAAAAGCAGUAACUUUUCUUUUUUUAUAAAAAAUGUUCUAUACGAUUUUUAUGUUAGUAAUGAAUUAAUUGACAACUUAAAAAUAAUUUUAACAAAUAUAGAAUCAAAUACUUAUACUGACUCAGAAUGUUAUAAUCAUGAAAAAAAAAAAAAUAAUGAAGAUAUAUAUGAGGUUUUAAAUAAAAAAAGUGAUUCAUAUAACAAAAAUAUUACAAAUGGAGAUACAAAAAUAAGUAAAAAUAUAAAGGAAUGCAUGAAUUCAAAAAUGUUUUUUAUUAUUGAAGAAGAGUUCAUAAGAACAAAAAUGAGAAAUUCUUUUCAAAAAUACAAAAAUAAAUUAUUAAAAGAAGAUAAUUUAGUAAAAGAAAUAUUUUUAAAAGAAGAUUUUUUUUUUCUAAAAAAACUAGGAAUAUAUUAUUUAAUAAAUAAAAGUGAAAAAAAUACAAGUUUAAGAAAAAAAUAUAAUAAAUUGCUUUCCUUUUUCUACAGAAAAGAAAAACACGAUUUAUUUAUAAAAUUCUCUGAUGUGUGUAUAAAUGAUAAAAAUAUUAAGAAAUAUGCAGAUAGUCAGGAUUUAAUUGAUAAUUCUUAUUUUAACAGUAAUUUUUUUAAUAAAAACAUUGAAGAUAACUCAUUUAUUUCAGAUAUGCAUGAACUAUUUUCAAAAUAUUUGAGUGUUCCUAUAUUUAUGAAGGACAUUUUUACAUUUUUUGAAUUAAAUUUAAAUAAAAAUAUUUUGUCGAAUAGCUUUAAUGAAUUAUUCAAUGAAACAACUGAUAAAAAACAAAAAACAACUAGUAAUGAUUCAGAUAGUUCUUCAUCAAAUUCUACCACGAAAAAGGACGUUGAAAAAUUCUUAUUUGUACAAAAGCAAAAAAAAAAAAAAAAAAAUUUAUUAUAUGAUAACAGUAUAUUGAAUUAUUUAAAUAAUAGAAAUUUCUGUGUUAAUAAUUAUGAGUUAUUUAUAGCUAAUAUUUGUUUUAUGAACAAAAAUAUUAAAAGGAUGAUAUUUAAAAAAGAUAUGUAUAAUAAAAAAUUCAUUCUUCAUAAAAAUUGUUGUAUGAAUCAUAUAAAUGACCAAUUUUAUUUAUUUCAGACUUUUUUUAAGAAUUUAAAUUUAUUUUUUAUGUUUUUUUCUAAGAGUUUCAUAUUGAGCAACUCUGAAUUUUUUUAUGCUGAUAAUAAAAAUCAUUUAAUAAAUAAUGCAAUAAAUUCUCUUUUCGAAAAUUACAAAACUAAAUACGAAUAA